AUGUACGGAGGUUACGACGGCAGCGCGUCCCAGUUCGCUGGACAGGGCGGCUUCACCGCGGGCCAGACCGCGGCCGCGGGCGGCGCGGACGGCGGCGCGCGCUCCCAAGGUCGCGCGGAGUCCCUCGUGCCCCUCACCGUCAAGCAGCUGAAGGAGUCCAUCGACGCGUCCAACGUGGACGACGCGUUCAAGGUGAACGGCGAGGAGGUCCACAACCUCACCCUCCUCGGGAAGAUCGUCAAGGCCAACGACUCCUCCACCUCCCUGAUGUACACGAUCGACGACGGCACCGGGACGUGCGAGGUGAAGAUCUGGGUCGACGCCGACGACGCGGACGGCCAAAAUCAAAACAAAGCCGAGUGGAAAGUGGGCGCGUACGUCCGCGUGUACGGACACCUCCGCGCGUUCCAAGGCCAGCGCGGCGUGAUCGCGUUCAACAUGCGCCCGGUGACGGACUUCAACGAGAUCACGUACCACUUCCUCGAGGUGGUCUACUGCAACUCGCACAACGCGUCGAGGGCGGCGACGGCGGGGGCCGCGCCCGCGACCGCCGCGAUGGGCGGCGACAGCGCGUACGCGGCGCCGUCCGCGGGCGCGCCUGCCGCGGCGAUGCCCGCGGCCGGCGGCAGCGCGAACGAUCAGGUGUUUGCGAUCUUCAACGGGCCGCAAGGGCACGGCGAGAGCGGCGUCCGCGUGGACGACGUCGUGACGCAGCUCAACGGGCGGUUCACCGAAGCGCAAGUGCGCGAGAGCGUCGAGCACCUCGUGAACGAGGGGCACUUGUACUCCACGAUCGACGACGAUCACUUCAAGUCUACGCUUCUCUGAGCGCGGGGCUGGGCCGGCCGCGAUCGAGCACGGUGGGUGGUGGGGUUUUAAACGUAGGGGGUGAAUUUGCAUGAUGCAUCGACGAACACGUCUUCGCGAU